AUGACGUCUCCAGAAGGAAACGUAUUUGAGUAUGCCAUAAAGUUCAAGUUCAAAGCGUCUAAUAAUGAAGCAGCGUACGAGGCGACGCUGGCAGGCUUGUGUAUGAGCCUCGCAGCCGGAGCCUGCAAAGUACACCUGCAGACUGAUUCUCAGCUCGUUGCCAGCCAAAUGCAGGGGGCGUAUGAGAUAAGGGAAGCCACUAUGAUGAAAUAUGUAACAAAAGUGAAAGAACUGGCAGCCCAGCUAGUCCAUUUCCAGAUAGACUUGGUCCCUAGAGCAGGAAACUCUCAGGCUGGCGCCUUAUCUAAGUUAGCCAUCUCCACCUUACAAAGCCUCACAAGAACAGUGAUGGUCGAAGUGUUAAAGGAAAGCAGCAUCGCUGAAAAGGAGCAGGUAAACUGCGUUGGGAGUCAGAGAGCCUGGUUCUCAGACAUCUUGUCGUACAAACUUCAUGGCUCGCUGCCCGAUGAUGAAGUACAGGCUAAAAAGGUGAAGAAAGACGGAAAUUGGUAUGUAGUGAUGAAUGGAGAGCUCAACAAGAAAGGCUUCUCAAAGCCACUGCUGAGGUGUAUUCCAGAAUGGGAGCAGGAGGGCAUUAUGGAAGAAGCCCACUCCGGAAUAUGUGCCAACCAUAUCGGCGGGAAAGCAUUAGGAGUAGAGGUCCUUAGAAGAAGGGCAUACUGGCCAACUCUCACGCAAGACACACUAGCAUAUGUUAAAAAAUGCGACAAGUGUCAAAAAUAUUCACUAGUCAUAAAUCAGCCAGCAAAUGAUCUGACUCCAAUCCUCAGCCCGAUCCCGUUCGCUCAGUGGGGAAUGGCUAUAUUGAGACCUUUCACCACUGGGUCAGGGGGCAGGAAUUAUCUCAUUGUGGCAAUAGAUUACUUUACAAAGAGGAUAGAAGCUGAUCCCACCAAGUACAUAAAGGCAACCCAGGUCAGAACAUUUAUAUGGAAGAGCAUCAUCACUAGAUUUGGGGUGCCACAGUGCAUAGUGUUUGAUCAUGGGUGCCAAUUUGACUGUGACACCAUAAAGGACUACCUGGGGGAUAUGGGCACCAAGUAUGCAAGUGCCUCAGUCUGCCACCCGUAG